AUGGCAAAUGAUCUUGGCUUAGCAUUUUACAUCACCAUAGGCUCCAUUGCCUUUAUCAUUUCAAAGAUAAUUCUGACAGUUCUCCUUUAUAAGCGAUGGAAAAGAAAGAAUAUGAUCUAUGAGGAUGGUUUCUCACGUGGGAAAAUGGUGAUGUUCAGGUCUCCAUUACUGCAGUCUCUAACAUCUGAUGUUUUCUUAAAGAAGACAUUGAAAUUGAGCAACAAAGACAUAAUUGGUGCUGGAGGAUAUGGUACGGUUUACAGGUUAACAAUAAAUGAAACCAUGGCCUUCGCUGUGAAAAAGCUAAAUAGAGGACCUCCAGAUAGAGACACAGGAUUUGAGAGAGAAUUGGAAGCAAUGGGGGAUAUCAAGCACCGCAACAUAGUAAACCUUCUUGGAUACUGCACCACCCCUUACUACAAUCUUCUUCUAUAUGAGCUAAUGCCUAAUGGAAGCUUAGAUGCUUUUCUUCAUGGAAAAGCAAGGGAAAGCAAGAUUUUGGAUUGGCCAACAAGAUAUAAAAUAGCAGUAGGUGCUGCAAGAGGAGUGGCAUACCUUCACCAUGAUUGUAUCCCUCAUAUAAUCCAUAGAGAUAUCAAGUCGAGCAAUAUAUUACUCGACCAGAACAUGGAGCCACGAGUCUCAGAUUUCGGGCUCGCAACAUUGAUGGAACCAGACAAGACUCAUGUUUCAACACUUGUUGCAGGGACCUUCGGAUAUUUGGCCCCAGAAUAUUUCGAUACAGGAAGAGCAACAGCAAAGGGCGAUGUUUACAGCUUUGGAGUUGUUUUGCUGGAGCUUUUAACAGGAAAGAAAGCAACGGAUGAAGCAUUUCUUGAAGAGGGAACAAAGCUUGUUACAUGGGUAAAGGGAGUUGUUGAAGAAAGGAGGGAAGAAUAUGUAGUUGACAAUAGCUUAGUUUCAUGUCCUGUGGAUGAGGUUAACAAAACAUUCAAUAUAGCAUUGAUGUGUCUUGAAACAGAUCCCUCCAAGAGGCCUACAAUGGCCGAGGUUGUUAAGAUGUUGGAGCAGAUAAAGUCAGACAAGCUGUAACUGAUUCUUAAUGUUGCUCUUGGUCUAAUCAUCAAGAUAAACUGCUGUACAGGCAACAUGUUCAUCAUGAUACUCUUUGUUUAUUCAAUAACCAUGAAAAAUGUAUAUGUGUGUUUACAAGUUCAGUGGAACUAAACAAAA